ACACGUCGCUGCGUCUCUGUGUUGCGCGCAGUUAGUCGGACUGUAGUACGUGGCUGCAGACCGCCGGGCACCUGCUAUGCAUUGUAGAUGGACUUCUAAAUUGUGACUGUUUUUCUGAAGGAACAUUACUGAAGGUUCUUUAUUAAAACUAUGUAAACAGUUAGAUGCCUGAGCGCCGCACUCUACGCUGAGGACCUCUGUCGCGUCUCCUCUACUAUUGACUCUUUUUCCAUCAGUGGAGCCGGACACCACAGAGGCCAGAAGAAGUCCAGCCAGUGAGGCAUUAACACAGAGAAAAACAUCCUCCGUGCUGUAGCCCAUGCAGUAGUCGUUACCACGAUCAAGUGCCAGUGUUGACUGAUAUCAACGAUGGAUAUUCUGGACGUUGUGGACGAAGACGGGAUGGCAUUUGAGGGAUCCAUCAUUACAUCCGUCCUUUUAAACACCAGCCUACUUGGUGUAUCCAAUGUCACCAACAUUACCUUUUUCCCUUACUAUCAGCACUCUCUGUAUGUGGCUGCCAUCUACACCCUGGCUUACUCCUUCAUCUUUCUGCUGUGUAUGGUGGGUAACAUCCUGGUGUGUCUCAUCGUACUGGAAAACCGUCGUAUGCGCACGGUCACCAACCUCUUCAUCCUCAACCUGGCUAUCAGUGACCUGCUGGUGGGGAUCUUCUGCAUCCCUACAACACUGGUGGACAACCUCAUCACAGGUUGGCCCUUCUCCAACACUGUGUGUAAGAUGAGCGGCUUUGUGCAGGGCGUGUCAGUGUCUGCAUCAGUCUUCACCCUGGUGGCCAUUGCUGUUGAAAGGUUUCGCUGUAUAGUGUACCCUCUGCAACCCAAGCUGACGGUGUUCAUUGCCAAAUUAGCCAUCAUCUCAAUCUGGGUGUUAGCCGUGGCCUUCAUGUGUCCUGCUGCAGUUGCCCUGACUGUGGAGAAAGUCCCUUACCAUUACAUGAUAUAUAAUAACAACUUCAAUCACUCAUUGCCCUUGUACACCUGCUACGAAAACUUUGCCAACCCUCGGAUGAGAAAGGUCUACACAGUGGUUUUGUUUGCGCACAUCUACCUGCUGCCCCUCACAGUAAUCUCACUGAUGUACAUAAGCAUCGGAGUCAAACUCUGUUCUUCUGUGUUUGCAAACAAGGAGCCGCACCUGGCCAAUGCUACAGUCCAGGUAGGAAGCAGGAGACACGGUCAUCCGAGGGUAUCGAGGAAAAAGAUAAAGGUGAUAAAGAUGCUCAUUGUGGUAGCUUUGCUUUUCAUGCUGUCCUGGUUGCCUCUCUGGACCCUCAUGAUGAUAACAGACUAUGCAGACUUGGAUGGGAACCAGCUGGACCUUCUGACCAGCUACAUCUUCCCCUUCGCACACUGGCUGGCUUUCUCGAACUCCAGCGUCAACCCCAUCAUCUAUGGCUACUACAAUGAGAACUUUAAGAGGGGCUUCGAGGCGAUAUGCAAGUCCAGGCCUUUUUGUUGCCUUGUGCAGAGCCAGCUGUGGAGCAGAAUUGUUGGGUGGAGGAAGAAAAGAAGGUCUGUGCAAGCACCUUGUGAAGGUACUGUUUCUAGAGAAGUUGUUAAUCACAACCAUUUUGUGUUGGGACUAAGAAAUCGAGUCCAUAAUGACAACAAGUUGAAUGACACGGCUGAGGUGAAUAGGAGUGCGAGGGUCGAGUGUGCGGUGGUCCAUUCGGGAAGGGCGCUUUCGGAUCAAGAGUUAGAAAUGACAGCUGUCAAUAAGAAAAGCAGUAAUGAAGAAGAAUCAGAAAAAGUUAGUUCACUGGCAGUUUCACCGUAUCAGGUGUGGGAUAACUGAAUAAUUACAGUGCUAGCAAGAGAAACCCGAAACAAAGCCAUACUGUGUUGCAUUGUUAUACUACCGCCCCAUGAAGGACACAGUCAUUAACUAUCUGAUGUCGCAGGUUACAUAUGGUUACACUUUAAAACGAUGGUUAUAGAGUACACACGUUAUUUUUCUACAAUUAAAAGAAGUUUAGGAGUUGAAAUGAAAAGAACAGUAGAACUAACUAACCCUUCUAACAGUCCAUAAACCAAAGACAAUCUGACUAUAUUGGUCACUUUCAUAUUAUUUUCCUGAAUCUGAACCACAAACAUCCAAUAAGGUAAGCAGGUCCUGUCGUCUCUCCUCUCCCUGCUACCAAAAGGAUUGGCUGAUCACGUGUGGAGCCACAAAGAAGUGUGACCACAUCAAAAGAUAACAAUGCCAGUAUUUAUGCGGGCUAAAUAUACAGACCUAAUUUAAGAUCCGUGCACGAUCUUCGCCGUCACAAGGCUUGGUCGAUAUUUGGUCUCUAUUUAUUUGAAAUAAGAAUUAGACCAAUAGCCUUUUUUCUGUCUGUUUAUCUCAUUAUCCAGCCUUUGUGCCAAGCACACAAAGACAUUUUUGUUACAAAAAAGUUUUUCAGCUCUUCAUUGAACUUUGUACACUUAGCAUGUUUAUCCCAAAACUGAUAUGGCACAACAGCCAAUUAUUAGUCAUCUGAUAAAACAACCAGAGUGAAAAUUAACAUGUUUUAACAAACCACUGCGACCCUUAUUAACAGAAACAACCCCCCAAAAUAUUGGAAGAUAAACUAAGACAGAUUAGAUGUCGUGUUAGCCUUUGUAUUCAAUCAUCUGGCAGUUAAUAUAGCUCAGCUUUGCGUCUUGUGAUAUGAAAUUUGUUCAAGGUAGCCUAGGGUUUUGUAUAAAAAAUACAUGAGAAUAAAAACAUUAUCUUCAUAGAUCGCAUCAAACGGAGGGAAAUGUGUAUCAUAAAGGGUGACUUCAUGCUGCAUUGGAGUCAGUGAAUGAUUAUGAAUGACAAACUACGCCACAAAAUAUCUAAAACACUUCAUGGGACAUCAGUGUGUUAGUUUUACACCUCUUAGCAAAUGUGUAGUGGAUAUUUUAAAGGAAGACAUCCAGCAGUCACUGAAAAACUGCCUUCAAAGAACAAUCGAAAAGCUACCUCCGCAAUCAUGCAAAUGUACUAAUGUAAGCAAAUUCAGAUUCAUACUGGAAGCUACUGGUCAACUACCUCAAACUCAGUAAUACUAUGAAACUUCUAAAACAUUUAAGUGGCAUAAAAUGAUGAAUGAAAAAAGCGCAAAUGCCAUUUAAUAAUCUCAUUCUAAUGUGCUGUAGUGCUUUCUAUUCAUUAGAAAGUCAUUACAAAUAUUUUCCAAUCAGUGGUUAGUCUUGGUGAUCGAUGUCAGUAAAGCCUCUCUGACCAUAGUGGCCGCUGACAAGAUGGAGUAUUUAUCUCGUAAUGUGCUAAAAACUGUGGUUAUGCUUAAAAAAAACUACUUUGCGUGACAAGAGACAAAAGUAAUAGAAAAAAAAAGCUGCUUUCUUGCACGCCCCCACACACUUAAGCCAAUUACUGUGUGGAGUAGGUGUGAAUGUUAGAUUGUCGAGGCUGACAGUGGUGAUCGUGGAUGAAUCAGUAUCACAAAGGCUCUAAUCAGCUGCCUCUGGCAACUGAUGAUUUUCCAGCCGAGCAGAAAGUGUGCCCCUGUGAAAAAAAUGGAAGUUGUUAUAAUUACAGGGUAACCUUAGAACGUCCACAAAUGAAGUGAAAUAAUAUGAAGUGAAUAUGAUAUCAAAUUAAACCACAGAUAUAUUGAGGGAGGAGGAAGAUAAUACUGACAGUCUGAAGAACUAAAAUAAAAUCACACAAGCGGAACAGAAAACAAGUUCUAAAAAUGGUACUAAUCACAAUUUGCACAACAUCUGACGUAAGACAACACACCGAUGUGGAUGACAAUCCACUUAAAGUGCUAAAACAUGAAACAUGCCAACCUUUACCAGACAAAUUGAUUAUGUUUGUGAUACAGCCCCUUUAGACCAGCGCUGAAAUCUCCCAGACCCCCCCUAAAGUACCCAACAUGCAUUUCUUUGCACGUGGUUCAGUUUCUCUAAAAUGCAGCAAUUGAAGAGGUGGAGGUACCUUCAAAACUCAUGAAUAAUGACGCAGGGCCAGAUUCAUAUUUACAUUUUUCUUACAGGGAAACUGAAUUCAGUGUGAUGCAGUGUUGCUGCAGCACAGCAAACCUCUUGCCACAGUGUUGCAGUCAGUCGCUUUAUUACAAAUGCAGCAUUACUCUCGUUGUGCCUUUUCGUGCUAGAUGUUUAUAUAGGAACGAACAGCAUAGAACAAACUGUGAAUGUGAAAUGUGCUAACUUUAGUUUCCUGCUGUUAUCUGCUCCAGGGUAAAUAACUUGAUGGUGUUAUGAUUACGGUUGUUGGCUGUGGCCAUUAUUUAAAAAUGAUUACUUGCUCAAAAUAACAUUUCUGUUUUUCUUGGGAGAAAACUGGUAUUUCUUCUGAAAAUAUAGACUUCAGUUUAAAGGGGAAUUCCACUGAUUUUUACACACAGAAAGUAGCUAGAAGAAAUUGGCUUUGUAACCUAAAAAUUACCUUAAGUUGAAAAAUAUACAUAUGUCCUUUGUAACCACAAAAAAACUGUUGGAUGCCCAUUGAUUGCAAUGAAUGUUGCCAAGAGUUAAGGCAACCAGCUGGUUGAGUUUGAAUGUACAAAACCCUCAGCCUCUCAUCGACCACUUUCAACAGCAAGGUGACUGCACAGGUUGCCUGCUUGGUAAAUGAUAAAUGGACGGGUACUAAUAUAGCACCUUUCUACCCAAUUUGAGUGCUUCUACUACAAGUCUUAUUCACCCAGUCACAGCCACACUCAUACAUUGCUUUACCCUACCGCCUACUGGUGUUGGCCAGAGGCCAGAGAUAUGGCAGCCUCGCCUCUGUCAGUCUG